GCGGAAUAUAACAUCUUGCUUGAAAGAGAUUGCAUACUUAAAACGUUCUUUCUACUGCAGUCGACCACAGGCAGACAGAGACACCAAUGGAGACGCACAUCAGACAACAACUUGUCAUUGAAGUUAGAAUCAUACAGUAGACAUUAGUCUGUUAGAAAGGUAAUCAUACAGCAGACAUUAGUCUGUUAGAAAGGUAAUCAUACAGUAGAAGUAAGUUAAUACUAUAAGUAAAAGUAAAAAUCAUAUAUAUUACAAUGAAAGGUCAGACAGUCUGAAUUAGUUGAUUCAUUGAUUGAUUGGGGUCAUCGUUGAUAUUCGGUACGGUUAGUUAAGAUGGCCGACUACGUCAACAAACAGGUGAUUGAAUUAAAAGAAGUUAAUCAAGAAUACCAGAAUAGAGCAACGAGGAGCGUGAAGACUGAGACCCAUCUCUCAGAUAACAGAGGCAAUGAGACUGAAGAGAGAGACCAGCUACAGACCAGUUACAACACCCUGACUAUAGAGAGAGACCAGCUACAGAAGGAAAGAGAUGAUCUCAUGAGAAAGUGUUCUAUUCUGAAACAAACCUGUCCUGAAGGCUGGCAGAAGUUUGAAUCCAGUUGGUACUUCCUGUCUACUGUGAAAAAACCCUGGGGGGAAAGCAGGCAGGACUGUCUGAUGAGAGGAGCAGACCUGGUGAUCGUAAACAGUGAUAAGGAACAGGAGUUUCUCUUCAGCUUCAAUAAGAGAGCCUGGAUUGGUCUGACUGACUCUGUUACUGAGGGGACCUGGAAAUGGGUGGACGGCACCCCACUGACCACCCCAAGUUACUGGCACUCACAGCAGCCUGAUAAUGGUGGUGACAACCCAGCAAAUCGGAAGGAGGACUGUGUUGAGCUGAACACGGAAACAUGGCGUCCUGUAAAGGCAUGGAAUGACCUGUCAUGUUUACUCAAUCGUUACUGGAUUUGUGAGAAAGUGGUUUAACAUCACCAUGACAACAGAGGAGGCUGGUGGGAGGACGCGCACACAUACAGCACCUUACAGUGCACACAACUUCAUUCUCUCUCUCUCUAAGACGCACCAACACACUGCUGGUACUGCACUGAGGGGCAAAACAACCUGAUAAUGGCGGAGUACCAAGAUAUAACUAGGACUGUGCUGAUGGUAAUAUUGGGUAUUCUGAACCUGUAUAUAAAUAUUCUGACAUAUCAUUUACCUCUCAACAUAACUGGAUUUGUGAAGAGUUAUACAGCAGCUCAUUAUAUAGUAGUGCUACAGUGCAAAUGCAUCUCUCUCUAGUUAAACAGUGUGUAGACAUACUGUCAUCUGUAAAAUGCUUGCUGGGCUUUAAACCCAGCAGGCCCGCCGGCUUUUGUUUUGUUUUUCUGUUUAUGGUGUGUGAAUAUUUUGUGGAUUUCAUUUUUCCGAACAGUUUUGUUGGACUGGGUCUUUAUGCACCCUUGUGUGUGUGGCGUGACCGUCUCUCUGUUUUUUGGAAAUAAACGAUGCACAUCUUUGUACUACCCUGCUCUCUGCGCCUGACUCCUCCACCCACUACUUCUAGAAGCCGUUACAGUCAUGCUUUAGCUAUAUUGUGUAAUUUUGGUAAUUUGUUCAUAAAGUAGCUUCCUGUUUAUCAGAAUUGAGAUGACAGCACUCUUGAGCAAACGGUCGCUGCCAACCCUAAAUCGGGGCGGGGGUUGGUUCUCAGAGUUCUUAUCGUAGUCAGUAGUGAUGUCGGAUGAUGUUUAUUCUGUUUGUAAUCAUAAUGUAGGAUUGUGUGUGUAUGUAUGCGUGUGUGUGUGUUCAGGCAGUUAACCCACUGUUCCUAGGCCGUCAUUGAAAAUAAGAAUUUGUUCUUAAAUGACUUGCCUAGUUAA